AAACACCGCCGGCCGAUGAGGCAGCUUACCGAACCCUUGUGAACCGUCGGCCUUGACCCCAGGGCUGAGAAAGGGAGAGUGGGGCCUGGUGUGCAGAGAGGAAGGCACCCCUCCUCUGCUCUGCAGGGAGAGUUUCCAUUCCUAGUCAAAUGGUGGUGCUAGUUCUUUAGUUUUGAGUGACUGCAUUUCCUAAUUUCAUGGUCAGAACAGCCUCCUGUCUUCUGCCUCGGAGCCGAUUUCACCAAAACUGAAAAUGCAGGCUCCAUGCUCAGCAGCUCCUUAACGGGCUCGGAAGGUUAGCUCCUUUCUCUAGCCCAGGCCAUAGCACCAGAAGACAGGCUUUGAGGGACAUUCUUCUCAAGUGGCCCGCCGGCUGCUGAGCCCUCUGCGCGCGGAGCCGGUCUGCACCUUGCCCGCGGCCGCUGACCAUGACCAUGACCCUCCACACCAAAGCGUCCGGAAUGGCCCUGCUGCACCAGAUCCAAGGGAACGAACUGGAGCCCCUGAACCGCCCGCAACUCAAGAUCCCUCUGGAGCGACCGCUGGGCGAGGUGUACGUGGACGGGGGCAAGCCCGCCGUCUACAACUACCCGGAGGGCGCCGCCUACGACUUCAACGCCGCGGCCGCCGCCUCCGCGCCCAUCUACGGCCAGUCGGGUCUCGCCUACGGCCCCGGGUCCGAGGCGGCGGCGGCGUUUGGUGCCAACGGCCUGGGGGGCUACCCGCCACUCAACAGCGUGUCGCCGAGCCCGCUGGUGCUGCUGCACCCGCCGCCGCAGCUCUCGCCCUUCCUGCACCCGCACGGCCAGCAGGUGCCCUACUACCUGGAGAAUGAGCCGAGCGGCUACGCGGUGCGCGAGGCCGGCCCUCCCGCCUUCUACAGGCCAAAUUCAGAUAAUCGGCGCCAGGGUGGCAGAGAGAGAUUGGCCAGCAGCGGUGACAAGGGCAGCAUGGCCGCGGAGUCUGCCAAGGAGACGCGCUACUGUGCAGUGUGCAAUGACUAUGCCUCAGGCUACCAUUACGGAGUCUGGUCCUGCGAGGGCUGUAAGGCUUUCUUCAAGAGAAGUAUUCAAGGACAUAAUGACUACAUGUGUCCGGCUACCAACCAAUGCACAAUUGAUAAAAACAGGAGGAAGAGCUGUCAGGCCUGCCGACUACGCAAGUGCUAUGAAGUGGGCAUGAUGAAAGGUGGAUUACGGAAAGACCGAAGAGGAGGGAGAAUGUUGAAACACAAGCGCCAAAGGGACGAUGGGGAGAGCAGGAAUGACGCGGGGUCCUCUGGAGACAUGAGAGCCGCCAGCCUUUGGCCGAGCCCUCUCUUGAUUAAGCACACGAAGAAGAACAGCCCGGCCUUAUCGCUGACAGCCGACCAGAUGGUCAGUGCCUUGAUGGAGGCUGAGCCCCCCAUCAUCUAUUCCGAGUACGAUCCUAGCAGACCCUUCAGUGAAGCUUCGAUGAUGGGCUUGCUGACCAACCUCGCCGACAGGGAGCUGGUUCACAUGAUUAACUGGGCAAAGAGGGUGCCAGGCUUCGUGGAUUUGACCCUCCAUGAUCAGGUCCACCUUUUGGAAUGUGCAUGGCUAGAGAUCCUGAUGAUUGGUCUCGUCUGGCGCUCCAUGGAGCACCCAGGGAAGCUCCUGUUUGCUCCUAACUUGCUGUUGGACAGGAACCAGGGGAAAUGUGUAGAAGGCAUGGUGGAGAUCUUCGACAUGCUGCUGGCUACAUCAUCUCGGUUCCGUAUGAUGAAUCUCCAGGGAGAGGAGUUUGUGUGCCUCAAAUCCAUCAUUUUGCUCAAUUCUGGAGUGUACACAUUUCUGUCCAGCACUCUGAAGUCUCUGGAAGAGAAGGACCAUAUCCACCGUGUCCUGGACAAGAUCACGGACACCUUGAUCCAUCUGAUGGCCAAGGCAGGCCUGACUCUGCAGCAGCAGCACCGGCGCCUGGCCCAGCUCCUCCUCAUCCUCUCCCACAUCAGGCACAUGAGUAACAAAGGCAUGGAGCAUCUGUACAACAUGAAGUGCAAGAACGUGGUGCCCCUGUACGACCUGCUGCUGGAGAUGCUGGAUGCCCACCGCCUGCACGCCCCGGCCAGCCGCGGGGCCGCCCCCAUGGAGGAGCCGCACCAGGGCCAGAUGGCCACCACGGGCCCAACUUUACCACAUUCCCUGCCAACGUAUUACAUCAGUGGGGAGGCAGAGGGUUUCCCCAACACGGUCUGAGGGCUCCCCACCCCCCGAGUGUCUGAGAAUCCCCGCAGCGUUCUCCCCACGUCCUACACCACCAUAGCAAAACCCUGCUCCUGAACACACUCCGGCUUGCACCCACCACCAUGGCUUCCUACCCUGAGUGGCCUUUCGUCUGCUUGCUCAGUCCUUUGUGGCACGCCUUCUUUCGGGAACAGCCAGAGGGAUUCCAGGGCUAACUUCUUGGUGAGAGCUGUCCUUCUCCCUUCGCUACGUUGCUAAGCAUGAGGAUUCCUGGAGCCGGUCGUGACUGAACUCGGCCUCCGAGCUGGGGCUCCGAUGAGUGUGCACUGAAGCUACUUACCAAGAGCCAGGCCCGGGGAGUGGACGCUGCGCCUCUGCGAAGCACUUUUUAAUGAAUCUAAGCCACAGGGAAGCACUGAAAGUGGCUCCUUUAACUGCCGACUUGGAGAAAGCUAGAUAGAGGGUUUCUUUAGCAUCCUCUUGUAUUCCUAUAGUCAUGUACCUUUUGAUUAAAGUAACACCUUCAAGCUUCUGCUCUGUUGCUUGGCUGUAGCUGCCGGUUCGGUGAUUGUCUGUUCGCUUCCCCUAUAGGAAUACAAGAUGCACGCAGGGAAGGGAGGCCCCCUCGUUGCCAGCGUCACACACUGACCUUCCGGUUGGCCGCGCUCUCCCAUUGGCUUCCGAGAGCACCCCGGUCCGGUGAAGCCUGGCUUCCCCUGGGCCUGCGGGAAACAGCAAGCUGAUCCCAGUUAAGUCACCUCCAGGGCCGCCGGUGAGGGGCACAUUCUGGGUUUUUCCUCUUUGUUUUAUAAAAGACAGCCCUCUCCCCGCAGGGCUCGCGGACCUGCUGUGCUGUGACCCCACACUUACCGCAAGGUCACUCUCCUGGGCUCUUCCUGGCACGUAAUUUACUUGGAAGGUGGAACUAGUCAUGCGUAGUGCCCUAGCCAAUGACCAAAAUCACUUGAAAGGGGUGGGCACCCAGGUGACACUGUGAGCCCCGGGGCACUGGGCUACAUGAGGACAUGUGCACAAGUGUGGGCGCCAGGGCACAGCGAGGAGAGCAGGGUGGACACUGGGUUGACACUGUGAGGCUGAGUGGCCUUGCCACACUGCGCUGUGGCUGCCCUGGGACUCGGGGGCUGGCCUCCUUGUCCUUACUUCCCGCAGGGCCCUGAUUGGAAGCAGCAGCAGGGGCAGCUGCAUCCCAAUAGUUGGCCCAGCACAUUCUGCAGCCGCGGUGGGUGUGAGGGGGGGGGUGGGCGAGGAGAGGAGCACCCCCUAUCCAGGCGCCUGGGCUUGCUCAGACUACACGUGCCCUUGGUGACUGAGAGAUCAUCCAAACAGAAGGGCCUGGGAAGGGGGAACUGCCCCGAGAGCUCAUUUCAUUAAACUCCACAAGCCAGGAGAGUGAGAUGAGAAUUGAGCCCCAGGAACCCAUUGACCUAGAGACGAAAAAAGAAAGUCUCACCCCAGCCAAGGGCAGCCUUCCCCAGGACCCUUGCUUGCAGAGAGCAAUUAUGGGUUUCCUCUUCUCAGCUGAAAAGCAAGUUUGGUUUCUGCCGGUGACCUCCCUGUCUGUCAUUAGAAUCCCACGGGAGGCGAUGUGUCGGCCAAUGACCCAGCCAAGCUCCCAGGGCUCUCCGGGGAUGCCUGUUUCACAGAGUGGAUUUCACUCCUUUCUAAUGGCCCAGCCAGUGGUCGCCAAAGGACUGGGACCCAGGGAGGGACCGAAAAAAAAAGAUUUUUCCAUACAUGUGCAUCUAAAUUUGGGGGCAGUUUUAUGUGUCAUCAUUAAGAAUAUGUUUAGUACAUAAUUCCUUUGUUGUUUUGUUUAAUAAGCACCUUAUAUAGUAUAAUAUAUAUAUUUUUGAAAUUGCAAUGCUUGUUUAUCAGACAACUGAAUGUAGUACUUCUGUUCUGGAUUUGAUUUGACUGGGUUAACAUGCAAAACCAACAAACAUAUUCAGUUUUUCUGUAAGUAGUCAUUGAUGCCUAAGGCCUAGUGAUUAUUCAUUUAAAUGAAGAUCACAUUUCAUAUCAACUUCUGUAUCCACAGUAGACAAAACAGCACUAAUCCAGAUGCCUAUUGUUGGAUAUUGAAUGAUAGACAAUCUUAUGUAGCAGAGAUUAUGCCUGAAAAGGAAAAUUUAUUCAGGGCAGCUAAUUUUGCUUUACCAAACUAUUAGUAGUAAUAUUUUUGGACUGUAGCUAAUGGGUCAGUGGGUUCUUUUUAAUGUUUAUACUUAGAUUUUCUUUUAAAAAAAUAAAAACAAACAAAAAAAUUAGGACUAUAGAUGAUAUAAUACCAGCUAAAUCCAAACAAUACUACAGUGGAGGGUUUUACAUUAUUCAUCAAAUGUCGUUUGUAAUCAUGUUAAGGUACUACUACAUUUGAAAUGGGCAGAGAAUACCAGAUGGCUGGAAUGUUAGCCCAGGAGUCUCAAAUAAUUUUAGAAAUCUCUUUUUAUUCUCAUUUUAAGUGCCACUAAUGGGCAGCUGACGCUUUGCGGCGAAUGUUGCUGUUGGGUGCAGGGAACAUGCUGUGUUACCCCCUCACCACGAGGCAGUUUAGAGUUUAAAAGACAUGAUUGGCCUGGGCCAGGGGUACUGUGGGCAAGUGGGUUCAGGAAUUUGGAGAAUGGGAAAUACAGUAAUAAGAAGCUGGAAAGCAUGGUGAGUCAGGUCAAUACUGCUGUCUGGGGUAUGCACCAGGGUUCAGACUUCUGCCCUAGAAACCACAAAUAACUAGCUCUAUCUGACAGCCAUUGCUAAAACGACAGCUCAUGUCCCAGGGAAGAGCAGGCGACACCCACAGCACAGCCCGAGGCACGGACAGCGGCCUGUGUUUCUUUUGGCCACUGCCGAGCUCUCGGCUUGCGGUCCCGAUUCUGUAACGCCUCACGCACAAUCAGAGAGGCUAGUUCAUCCAAAGAGACGAUCCCAUGUGGGUUGCAAAAUCCCUAAGGAAGUGUAAUCUGUGAGUAGAUUUCCCUGUUGACGCCAUAUGUUUAACCACGCCAAUAUCCCAUGCCUUUGGGGGGCUGAGCAGAUAAGGGACUUGCUGAGAAUUUGCUUUCAGUCGCGUCCACGUGUUCUCAUCUGACACAUUGAAAUGGCCAUUGACGUAGACUAUUGGUUUAGAGCACCCCUACAUGGAACCCAUUCCAAAUCUUGUCCUAUUUCAAAUCUCACGCCAACUCUUGAGACGGACCACGUACCCUGGGCAUGAUCACUUGGGAUCAUCGUCAUGUCUAACAUUCAAGGCAAAUCUGCUUUGGGAAACUGGUUAGUAAAGGCAGAGAGAGUCAUGCACUAGGUUAGGAAGGCAAGCGUUGGGCAGCUGACCAGAUCACACUGCCCACUUCCUUAGGUGAACUCCCCGAAAACAUACCACCCUCGGCUGCAGCAAAUGAAUUCUACUGUGGCUCCAAACACCCAUCCUCUCAUUAGUCUGACGACUCUGUUUCUGACUGCAUUUCUUUUCCCUUUGGAUUAAAGCGAGAGUGGCCUCUUUCUAAGUCAUUUUCAAUUGUUUUCUAAGUAACUGCUGCCUCUAUUAUGGCACUUCAAUUUUUGCACUGUCUUUUAGAUAUUCAAGAAAAAUUUCUAUUCUUUUUUUUUUUCCAUCCAAAUGUGCCUGAACUUUUAAUAUGUGUAAAUGCUGCCAUGUUCCAAACCCAUGUUGAGUGUGUUUCCACAGAGCCGUGUACCCUGGAGACAGCACGAAGCCCCAUGAGCAGGUGCCUGAGACACGGACCCCUUUGCAUUCACAGAGAGGUCAUUGGUUACAGAGACUUGAACUCAUACAUGACAUUAUGCCAGUUUAUGUUCUCUCAUGACUUACAAACAAUGCUUUUUUGUGCACUACAUACUCUUCAGUGUAGAGCUCUUGUCUUAUGGGGAAAGGCUCAAAUGCCAAAUUGUUUUGGAUGGAUUAAUACGCCCUUAUGCCGAUGCAUUCUAUUACUGAUGUGAUUCUGUUUCGUUUGCAGCUUUGCUUUGUUUAAUGAAACACACUUGUAAACCUCUUUUGCACUUUUAAAAAGAAAAGAAUCCAUGGGAUGCUCAAGCACCUGUAAACAAUUUUCUCAACCUAUUUGAUGUUCAAAUAAAAAACUAGACA